GUCCAAGCUUUGUCCAGUCUCCUGACCGCCCGGUGGCGCUGCAGCGCAAAAUGAAUCACAUUAAAACCGGAAGGAAGCAGGUUUCCAAAUACAAACCUCUUCAAGAAAAUGGCGGAAGUCGUGGAGCUGCAUAAACUCAAGUUGGCUGAGCUGAAGCUAGAAUGUACUGCUCGAGGGCUGGAUGCCAAAGGAAAUAAAGCGGAUCUGAUUGCCCGGCUGCAGGCUUACCUGGAAGAGCAUGAAGAAGUGAAUGAAGAGGAAGUUCUGGGAGUGUAUGGUGAUGGUGAGGGUGAGGGUGAGGAGUCCUUUGCCAAAGAAGAGAGCGCUGACCAGAAAGAGGAGUUUAGUCCACCUGAAACAGUGACUGAGAAAAAACUGGUCAAGAUGAGCCCUCCUGCUGCAGUUGGUGAGAGGCUUCAGAAGAGAGCGGAGCGCUUCAAUGUUCCACCGAGUGUGGACACAAAAAAGGCAGCGCGAGCAGCAAGGUUUGGUUUGCCAGUACCUGACUCUUCAAAAGGAACUUCAGCAAAAAUAAGUGUUGACGUUGAGGUAUUAAAGAAGAGAGCAGAACGUUUUGGCAUGAAUGUCUCCUCAGUUUCUAAAAAGUUUGAGGAUGAUGAAAAACUUAAGAAGAGGAAGGAGAGAUUUGGCAUCGUCACAAGUGCAGCCUCCGCUGGAGCUGAGGAUUCAGAGCCUCCACCCCUUCUUUCUUUUUCAGGCAAAGAAGCGAAAACGUGCUGAGCGGUUUGGAAAUGUAUAGAAAAAUGGAUCUGACACACUUUUUUUUACUUUUUUUAAAUGAAGAGUUCUUUGAGGUUGAUUUUGUGAUACACUUGUAAUUCCUGUAGUACCAUGCUUUGUUGUUUUUUUUUCUGCUAUUUACAUUAAAAGUACCUCCGUUCCUUCCUA